AUGGGCUGGCUACCUUCCAUCUUUGGCGGCGACGCUCCUAAUCCGCUCGGCAAGCUCGAUCCCAAGCUCCGGGAGUUUCUCGAAAAAGAGUCGCCAGUAAAAUACAUCCCCAACCAGGCCCCGACAUCAACGCAGCGCCAGGAUGCACCAGCCGCGGUAGAGCCAAAGGCUGGCCCGGCUGCAGUUCCGGCUGCGAGCCUGUAUCAAGACGGACGAUAUGCGCAUCUGUGGAAGAACUACAGACCGCUGGCAGAGGUCGAGGAAGAGACAUCAACCGACCACGAUAAGCUGAUGGCCGUGUUGGAGGGGUACAAGGAGCGCAAGGCUGCAAUCGCUAGGGCUGGACUCGAGAACUGUGCGCCGCAGCAAGAAGAAUGGAUCAACUGCAUGAAAAACGGCAGCUGGGAAGAUCAACUCCAGAUGUGUAGGCAUCAAGUACGGCGUUUUGAGAGAUGCUACACUAUGCAAUCCAGAUUUCUAAGGGCGCUGGGUUAUGGAUCAGUAGCAGGGCGACCAGCCGAGGUGGACGAAGAUAUCCAACUCCACGCCGAUGCGCUGUUCCAAAGGAUGCUCCAGCACGAAGCCGAGGUCGAAAAGGCCAAAGAAAACGGCACCCUCAUCCCAACAUUCGACCCUUCAAUCCCCAAAACAACAGCCACUCCCGCGACUGCCGUCAAGCCCUCCGAAGAGCUUCAGAAACAGUGGAAAGAGAAGCUGGACCAGCUACCCGAAGACGAGAGAGCAGCAGAAGAGGCCGCCCUUCGAGCAGACUUGCAAGCCAAAGCAGAUGUUGCGCGAAACGUCAAGAAGAUCUGGGACGCCAAGAGAGAGGAGAGAGAGGUGCGACGAGCGGAAGGUCAAGCAACGUUCUCAGAUACGAUUGCUUCGCUCUUCAGCAGGGGUAAAUGA